AUGGCGCUCGACCUGGAGCAGCACCUCGUUUUCUACGGAUCUUACCACCACAAUAAGAUUAAUGUCGCGAUCCAUGUCAUCUGCGUGCCCUUGAUUCUCUUCUCGGGAUUCACCAUUGCAACAUACACGGGGACGCUCAUCAGCCUGCCAUCCUGGCUCACCCUCCCCUACCUGAACCUCAACCUCGGCACCAUCGCAGCCUCUCUCUACUCGGCGCUCUACCUGCUGCUGGAGCCCGUGGCCGGCUUCGUCCUCUCGGCCAUCUGCCUGGGAGCCGCCGCCUUUGGCAACUACAUGAGGCUGGCCAACCCGGACACCACCCUCAAGUAUGCCGUCGCCAUCCAUGUGACCUGCUGGAUCUUCCAGUUCGUCGGCCACGGCGCCUUCGAGGGCCGCGCCCCCGCCCUCCUGGACAACAUCGUCCAGGCCCUCUUCCUCGCCCCCAUGUUCGUGUGGCUCGAGAUCCUCUUCUUCCUGGGCUACCGCCCGGAACUGCAGUCUCGCGUGAACAAGAAGGUCCGCGAGGAGGUCGCAAAGUUCAACGCCCAGUCCAAAAACGGAAAGGCAAGCUAA